AUGACUCAAACUGCAACAACUACAACAACUACUUCAGUAGUACCUACAACCACUACCACCACCACAAAUCAAAUUCAAAAAAAUGGUACAACUUCAUCAUCAUCAAAUAUACAAUCAUCAUCAGGAGAUAAAUCAGGUAAACGAAUAGAAUUAGAGAAAUUAAUACGAGAGUUCCAAAGUAAACUAGGUUCAAAUUGGGAAAAAUAUCAUGAAACCCUUAGUUUAUUUUUAAUUGGAAAAUUAUCAAGAAUUGAAUUAAUUGAAAUUAUACAUCCCUUGCUAAAAUCACAAAAUUUAUUUAAAUAUCAUAAUAAAUUAUUAAUGCUUAAUUUUGCAAAUUCUUUAAAAGAUAGUUCAUCAUUAAAUUUUUCAAAUGAAUUAGCAUCAUUUUGGAAUAAAAAAAUUAAUAAAAAUUCAAAAAAUGUUAAAAGUUCACAAUAUGAAAAAUUUAAAUCAAAUAUUAUGGGAUUACCAAUAAAAGAAAGAAGAAGAAUUAAAAAUAUAACAAGAGAUUCUGGUAAAAGAAAUAAAUUAAAUGCUGGUAUUACAUUAACAAGACAUACUUUAUUACCAAAAAUCCCAAUGAUUCAAGAUAAAGAACAACAACAAUUACAAGUUAAUAAUUUAGUACAAUGGCAACAAGAUGUAUUAAAUGGUAUAAAUGCUCCAAUAUCAACUGAAAGUUUUGAAAUUCCUGAUGCUGAUAAUUUAUCUAAGCUAAUGUUAAUGACUAUGAGAGAACAUGGAUUAACUGGAGGAUUAAAUCAAGGAGUUAUGGAAGUUUUAUUAUUAGGUUUAAAAGCUCAUUUAAAAAAUAUAGUAGAAAGUACAAUUGAUGUUGCAAAAUAUAGAAAAAAUAAGUAUACAAAUAAUGAUUAUGUACCUUAUGAAAAAAUAACAACAAAUAAUGGACUAGAGGAAGAUAAUUCAUUGAAAAAACGAAAAUAUGAAGAAGAACAAUUUAAUAAUGGUAAAGAUAUAAUAUUAUCAGUUGAAGAUUUAUAUGAUACUUUUGAAAUGUUUCCACAUUUAAUUGAACCAAAUGGUCCAAAAUUAAGAUUAAGUAAUGUAAUGUUAGAAGAUGAUGAUUAUCAAGGUAAAAAUUUUAAUUAUCAUUUACCUCCAAAACCUAUAUCAUAUAUUACUAAAAAACCAAUAGAUACUACAGCAGUUAAUAGUGAGGGGAAUACUGAAAAUACUACCAAUAAAACAGAUGUAGUUGAUCGACAACAAUCAAGUUCAGCUUCACCUCCACUACUGCAACAACCCCCUCCACCAUCACAACAACAACAUCAAAAUAACAUGCUUAGACCUGAUGCUCAUAUUGGUUCUAACGACGAAUUGAAAUGGGUAUUGCAUGAUUUAGUUUCAACUAUGUAG